CUGCUGGCGCGUGCGCCUUGGCGGUGUCUUUCCGGGAGCUGCUGGCGCAGCCCUAAUUCGUAGUCUUCCGCUGCGGGGGCCUCGGUGUUGGCACCGCUCGCCGGGCAGCGGGGAGCAUGCCCGGCCGCGCCGCGCGCCAGGAGGCAGCAGCGGGCAGCGCGGGGGCGGCCGCCUCCGCGCAGCAGGAGCGGAGCCUGGCGGGCACCUUCCCGUUGGUGCUGAAGAAGCUGAUGGAGAAUCCUCCGCGGCACGCGCGCCUCGAUAAAGAAAAGAAGGAAAAACUUGAGGAGGAUGAAGCUGCAGCUGCCAGCACUAUGGCAGUCUCUGCCUCCCUCAUGCCUCCCAUCUGGGACAAAACCAUCCCUUAUGAUGGGGAAUCUUUCCACCUGGAGUACAUGGAUCUGGAUGAGUUCCUCCUGGAGAAUGGAAUCCCUUCCAGCCCUGCUCACCUAGGCUUGAACCAGAACCCGCUUCUGCCUGUGGCUGAGCUGGAAGGAAAAGAGCCCACCAGUGCAUCUGCUGCCUCCCCUCCCUCAUCAUCUUCCACUGUAGUUUUCCAACCAUCUGAAGCUGCCUCCGGCACAGACUCCUCCCCAGAGAGUGAGAGAGAGACUCCGAGCCCUGUUGAUCCAGAGUGCAUUGAGAUUGAUGUGAACUUUAAUCCCGACCCUGCUGACUUAGUGCUCUCCAGCGUGCCCGGUGGUGAGCUCUUCAAUCCUCGCAAGCACAAGUUUGCUGAAGAGGACCUGAAACCACAGCCCAUGAUUAAAAAGGCCAAGAAGGUUUUUGUCCCAGAUGAGCAAAAGGAUGAAAAAUAUUGGACAAGGCGAAAGAAGAACAACGUGGCAGCGAAACGUUCCCGUGACGCUCGGCGACUGAAAGAGAAUCAGAUCACAAUCCGAGCAGCCUUCUUGGAGAAGGAGAACACUGCCCUCAGGACAGAGGUGGCAGAGCUGCGCAAGGAAGUGGGGAAAUGCAAGAACAUUGUCUCUAAAUAUGAGACCAGAUACGGACCCUUUGACUUAUCUGAUUCCGAGUGAUGCAACUUUAAAGACUUCUAAAAACAAAGAAACUAAAAAGCACACAUGAAACCAUCUGUCUUCAGAGUGAACAGUGAGAUGUGUGAGAGGUAUCCAGCAAAAACAACUGACGGGGACACUGCCUGCAAGUAUCCCAUCUGAACUGCACGGGGGCUGACAUGAUGAAAAGUGCAAGGUCUCCUUAAUGCUGUGUAUGGCUUUCUUAUCUCUCUUUUUUUGUACUAAUGCUUUUCUUCUGUCUGUAAUCAAACUACAGUAAUGUUACUUACUGACACUUGUCAAUGACACUCACAGCUCAUGUCUUUCAGUCCAAUCUGUUGAUGACUUGUGUGAAUGGUGACUCUGUUUUGAUACUUGAAUGAAAUGGGAGGAAGGGGGAUUCUAACUUAAAAUGGCUUAAACUAUAUUGUCACCGAUUUUUGGGGUUGGGGGGAGCAGUAGAAUAGGUUUUAGCUACUGCUGCAGCUGGGUUCUGACAAGCGUAGCAUCUUGUGACGUACUGCUGGGGGUGCUGAACCAGAGGCAUCCAUGGAAAAUAGUCUAGGAGUGCAAGAAAAUGCAACAGAUUUGUUGAAGUAAACUAAAAAGCACCAUAGAGUGUGCUGUACAAAGAGUAACAAAUAAAUCCUGUUAUAUAGCCCAGAUGACACACAACUCCUUAACUACUUCCUCUCCUGAUAUGUACACUAUGGGGAGCCCACCUCCUUCCCCUUUUACUUUUAAGGGGAUACUUUUGUAUCUCAAUAAAACAAAUUACAUCAAUUUCCUUGGCUGCUGUACCAAAAUAGAGGAGAGGUGUAUACCUCUCUGAGCUGCUGAGCCAUGUAUCUGGCUGCAGGCUAGACCAGUCAGUCUGUAUUGAAGCCCCAGAGGAACAGUGGCUAGCAGCUACUAUGCUAUGCAUCCUUCUCUUUUUCCUACUGCACUCUAAUUCCCCAAGCACCUCAGAAAGUACGGUGGGCAUCUGUCUCAUGGACCCAAAAUAUCCAGCAAUUCCAUUGUGUCAUAAUGGAACAGCUUUAAAAACCGACUCUGGGCGUGUAUGGAGAUAGAUGAGGCACUUAGAGAGCAUUGCAGGGAUGUUGGCCCUGUGUAGAAAAGGGAGGAUGUCCAUGGAAGGAAAAUUGCCAUCAGUACAGCAAAAGACUCCUAACCAGACAUCAUAACCAAAUGUAUAGGUGAAAGAGAAAAUGGAAUGGCUUAUUUCCAGUAAAAUAUUGUAGGGCUGCACUUGUAUCCAAGGUUAUGUCAAUAACAUAGAAAUGGAGAGGAGGUUUUCUAUGUGUCUGUAUGACACACAGAAAACUCUCUAAACUCUCUGCCAGGAGGCUGAUUAAUGGCAGACACCUGGCUGAUAAAGACCUUUUGAAAGCCAGCAAAACGAAAAGGGCCUAAAUGGGAGGCUCAGGAUCCAUUACAACUGAAACUUAUGACAUAUGGUUUAAUACUGUACAAAUACCAUGUCUUCAUCUUCCCCAGAGGGAUUCUUGCCUCCAGAAAAUCUUAGUAGGAAGGUGAAGAGGAAAGAGAGCAAUGGGGAGAAGCAGACUGUUGCAAACUUUCUUUAAACAAAGUUGUAACCAAUUAAUUUUUCAGUGGAACCUGGAAAAGAUGAAUGGGCUUGCUCCAUCAAGUGCACUGCUUGAUCUAGUCUUGCAAGUGGACCAUGUUUUCAGUGUUAAAGAACACGCUUUAACUUUUUUCCUAACCAGUAAGAAAUGUUAUCAAUGUGUUUAUAUGUAUGUAAUAAGAUUCCAGGAUUGUCUCUGAAGCCUAUUCAUAGAAUAUCAGGGUUGGAAGGGACCUCAGGAGGUCAUCUAGUCCAACCCCCUGCUCAAAGCAGGACCAACCCCAACUAAAUCAUCCCAGCCAGGGCUUUGUCAAGCCUGACCUUAAAAACUUCUAAGGAAGGAGAUUCCACCACCUCCCUAGGUAACGCAUUCCAGUGUUUCACCACCCUCCUAGUGAAAAAGUUUUUCCUAAUAUCCAACCUAAACCUCCCCCACUGCAACUUGAGACCAUUACUCCUCGUUCUGUCAUCUGCUACCACUGAGAACAGUCUAGAGCCAUCCUGUUUGGAACCCCCUUUCAGGUAGUUGAAAGCAGCUAUCAAAUCCCCCCUCAUUCUUCUCUUCUGCAGACUAAGCAAUUCCAGUUCCCUCAGCCUCUCCUCAUAAGUCAUGUGUUCCAGUCCCCUAAUCAUUUUUGUUGCCCUCCGCUGGACGCUUUCUAAUUUUUCCACAUCCUUCUUGUAGUGUGGGGCCCGAAACUGGACACAGUACUCCAGAUGAGGCCUCACCAAUGUCGAAUAGAGGAGAACGAUCACGUCCCUCGAUCUGCUGGCAAUGCCCCUACUUUUACAGCCCAAAAUGCCAUUGGCCUUCUUGGCAACAACGGCACACUGACUCAUAUCCAGCUUCUCGUCUGCUGUAACCCCUAGGUCCUUUUCUGCAGAACUUCUGCCUAGCCAUUCGGUCCCUAGUCUGUAGCAGGGCAUGGGAUUCUUCCGUCCUAAGUGCAGGACUCUGCACUUGUCCUUGUUGAACCUCAUCAGAUUUCUUUUGGCCCAAUCCUCUAAUUUGUCUAGGGCCCUCUGUAUCCUAUCUCUACCCUCCAGCGUAUCUACCUCUCCUGCCAGUUUAGUGUCAUCUGCAAACUUGCUGAGGGUGCAAUCCACACCAUCCUCCAGAUCAUUUAUGAAGAUAUUGAACAAAACCAACCCUUGGGACACUCCACUUGAUACCGGCUGCCAACUAGACAUGGAGCCAUUGAUCAUUACCCAUUGAGCCGGACAAUCUAGCCAGCUUUCUAUCCACCUUAUCGUCCAUUCAUCCAGCCCAUACUUCUUUAACUUGCUGUAGAGUCAGUGUGAAGCGAUGGAAAACAGCUACACAGGUGGUUGAGAGCUCUUUUUGUUCUGAAUAUCAGCAGAUGCAGCCAUCGCUGUGAUCUGUUACUGUCCUAAGUUCACAGCCAUUUUUGGCUUUUUUGCACACAUGACUUUACAAAUUACAUCCAUGGAACAACACAACUAGUACUUCUAUAAGUUGGAACUCUUAAGAUUCGCUAGGAUAGUACAUGAAAGUUUCCAAACAUCUGCAAAUGGGUUACUAUUCCAGCAUCAAAUUCCUAAAAUGUCGGGAAUAUAGUGCCACCUAUAGAAAGUGCCGCAGGCUUACACCUUGUAGCACAGCCUUGAACAACCUUUUUUUGGGGGGUUACUUUUUUAGUUUAAGGGGCUUGAUUUUAAAGACGCUGAAUGCAUGUAAAUAUGAUCUUCUAGCAUUUAUUUCCAAUUACUUGGCUCUGAAUUAUUGUUUUUUCACAGCCAUGUUUACCAUUUGAAGUGAGGUGGAUUUUUUUAGUUAAAUAAUAACUGACUAAAUUUACAAGUAUGAUUCAUUUGGAUCCUGCCAUCGUUCUGCAUUAGGAACAAUCCUAAUAUACUUAUUUCAGCAGUCUUAGUUGAUAUUUAAAUAGGCAACUGCAGUGGACUAUGGUAACCUUUAAUGCUAUCGUCUAGAACAAUGCAUGUAUGGAGAAUUGUCUUUUGUAAUAAUCAUGCUACAUUAUCACCAUAAUAUUCAAGUAAUGGGAAUAGUCCCAUUUGGUUUCCAGAUUAAUUUGUGCAAUAUAACAUAAACCAGUGAAAUAUUCAUUUGGUUUGUCUUUCAGAGAAGACUAUCCAUCUUGCAUGCCGUGGUCCUUCUGUGUAGAUUAGUGCACAAAGUUACACAUCAUGUGUGCUGCUGUACCUAGGUGAUACAAGGUUGUGUCAGUCAAGCAUAGUUUUUUCUCAAGUGUGGAUUGAUUUUUAUAGCUGGAGAACCGUCACGUUGUGAGACAUCCAGUAAGUUCUCUGAGGUAAUGGUGGUGAUCUCUUAUUCCCAUAUGAACACAGCUCUUACCAGCCACCUCCUUUGUGCGGGGCCAACACCUCUCUCUGUCUUGUUCUGGCUUUCUGUUGCGAGAUUAUGUCAGACUUCUUCCAAUUCUUACAGUCUCUUGGAGGUUAGGCAUGCUGCUUCAGAGCUUUCCACUCCUUUUAGAGUAAAUUACCAUGAACUCUGAGAUUGUGAUAGACGAUAAUGUAACUAGGAUUGCCAUCUUACCUGUGCAGCCUCUUCCCCUUGGUAACAGUACCGUAGUGUCUGCAGUGGAAUACUGACAAAUUGUUUCAAACAAAUGUAAUAUUGAAAGGGGUUGAAUUGACAGGCCAAGAGCCUGAAGUUUUCUAACAGCACAAGUUCAGCUUGAGCAAUAAUUAAGCAAGGUUCUCACAUACACUGCUUCAUGGCAAUGUGUCCUAUGCCUCACUGAUAGGGACCAUCUCAAAGGGAAAAAAGGAAAUUGCAUCUUUGGCCUUACUACAGAGACUAUCAUGAAGGGAGCAGUUUGAUGGGGAUGCCUGUUCAGUAGCCCCUGUGAAAUGGCUAGUGGUUUAAAUCUAGCUUCCACUGAACAACCAUCAGACUACAAACUUUCAAAAUGUCCCCACUAUUAAUAGGGUUACCUGUGGGGAAUGUCUGCUUUAAAAAUGUCUAUUCUAUUACAUAACCAGAAAAAACAGUUCAAUAAAUGAUGCAAGAGAGAAUUCAAUGGGCAUUAGUUUCAUACAAAGUCUGCCAAUAGGUCUAACAGCGUAAGAUAUCUAAUAGCAGUGCACAUCUGCAAUAAAUACUCCUUAAGUACAUUUUUUACUUACAGCCAAAUCCUGUUCCCAUUGAAGUUGUUGGCAAAGCUCUCAUGAACUUCCAUAGACAAAGGUCUUUAUUCUCUGCUCUGGUGAUUUUGAGUUUUCAUCAAACAUUGGAGCGGUGGAUGACUUUGCUUUCCUCUGGAGCACACUGAGCCCUGGUCUACACUUAAAAAUUAGAGUGACCUAGUUACAUCACUCAGGGCUGUGAAAAGUGUAUGCUCCUGAGCACCAUAGUUAGGUUGACCUAACUUCCCAUAUAGAUGCAGAAGAAUUCUGUCAACUUGGCUACAACCCCCUCAGAGCGUUGGAUCGGUGACAUUGACGGAAAAACCCCUUCCGUUGCUGUAGGAAGCGUGUACAGUGCCAUGGCGGCACAGCUGUCGCCUCUGUAGGGUAGACAAGCCCUGAGUUGGGACCAGAAGAGACCCCUGUGAUUGCAGGUGCAGUAUUGGUGGACUGAUCUUCCCAUCACUUUUGUUUAUCUUACGAACGAGAACUUUUUUUAUUCAGAUAGUCUGCUUAAUUAAUCUUUGAUUUGCUGUUUGGUCUGGGUAAAGAAGAAAUAUGCAGUGCAUGCUAAGAGAAGAAAUGUGUUAAUUCCAGGUGUCAUAUAGUUCUUUACUUUUUUUUUUUUUAAUAAGGUCUUCACUGCUGAUAAUUAUCCAUUUCAUUUCUUUGCUGUGCUGUUUGGAAGUCCCUUGUGUUCUAGCUGGAAAUACUAUUUUCCGCAUCAUCUGGUGAGCUGCUACUAACUGUACCAGGUACAUCUUAAGGUAGCAGGUGCAGUGGAGGUCCAGCAGCGCCAGAGUUUAGGAAUACUGUAAAAGUACAAUUGUUGUGACAAAAACGUUCUGUGUAGUCAGUAGGAGAGCAGUGCUGCUGUGCAACUUCAGAUCCACAGAGCUCCUAAACUUCACAGAAUUGAAGCUCCUGGUUAUCAAAAGUCCUGAUUUUACAAAGUGUUCAGUUAUCUCAAAGCUUUGUAAAAUCAGGGUGUGCCUGUAUUGUUUUCUCCUGGCUGUAGUGGGUGAACCCAAGACAAAGGGGAGGUGCAGAGGUGACCUGACCCAUUAACUUCAUAUUUUACAGUAACCUAUAUCUAAAUCUUUACUGAGGAAAGAACAUUUAUUUUAGUAUCUUUUUUUUUUAAGGGCUUUUCCCCUCACACAAAUACAAAAUCUUCACCAGAUUUGUUGGUCUUCAGUAAUUUCUCUGUUGUACAUCUACCAAAACCACCAGUAAAGGUUGGGGGAAGGGACAAAGUCAAUAUUUCUAGCCAGAUGGUUCAUUAUAUUUUGUGUGGCUUUUUUGGAAUACAAACUUUUAAAGUUCAGGCAGUCACAAUAGAGUGGAGAGUUGUGAGGGAAGUAAAAAAGUAAGCAGAGCAUAAAGAAGAGAGGAAAAACCGAAAGAUAAGGUUAAGGCAAAAUACUAGCCUGAGCCAGAAUGCUGAAACUGAAGCCGAACUGCUUCUAACUUUGGGGCAGUUCAGAUCCAGAUCUCAUCCCCACAGCUUGAGCUCAUAUCCAAGAUGUUCACUUUUUAAAGUGAUGGGUGCCUCCUUUUCUUGCUCAUAUUUCUUAUGGGCCACAAUAGAGAGUGAAGGUGAAAAGAACUUUGGAGAGUGGGGGAAGUUGCUAUUAUUUUUAACUACUGUAGUUAUAUUAAUUUACUCACUGUAUGUCCAUUAAAUUAAGGCACUUGAUUCUGACGUGCAGAUCUCAGUAAUGCUGCACUUUGCUCAUGUGGUUACCUGAACUGCUUGACAGCACUGCAUCCAUAUGUGAGGAUGAGGUGAGGAUUCGUUCACUUACCUAAAUGGAAUAGCAGGUAGCUGGUAUCUAUCUUUUUAGAGAAGCGAUGAGGUGUCUGUUUGCUACUGGUCAGGGUAAUGGAAGGAUUCAUCUUCUACACUCUUAUGUGAUGAUGUGAUUUAUUGGAAUAUUGUAUUUUGUAUAAUUUAGAAUAUGUAAAUACACUUUUAAAAUUAAUCUGUCUUAUAAAGUAAUAACGCUUCUAUUGUAACACCUGAAAAUUGUUAAAAGUGCUUCAUGUCAUAUGACUUGGGAUUUUUUUUUCUAGAGAACUGCAGAAAUCAAAGUGAGAUUGAUGUUGUGGAGUUUUCAUUUAAUUGUGAUGCUUCCUGUUCACAAAAAUAUUUAAAAAUAAUAAACCACCCAAAUAGAGAAACUUCAUUUUAUUUUUUUACAGUAGUCAAUGAGGUGACAUUCAUCACUGUUCUCAGACAAUCCCAUUUUCUGGAUUGUCCGUUUUGCUGUUGGCCAAUAACAGUUAGAAAGCACUCCAAUUGGUCAGUUUCAUAAAAAGCACUGUGCGAGUCCAGAAAAAACAGUAACUUGUUUUUUAAAUUGCUUGGUUGUGGCUUAAACGUAGCCCUCUAACCAGACUGCGCUGUCAUUGACUGUUACCGCAACUCACCCAUAUCAUAAGUAGAAUAAACCUUCAUCAGUCGUGUUGUGUGUACACACAAAUAUAUGGUUAUCCUGCUCGCACACCGUUGGUGCAUGGAGAGAUACAUUGACUAAAGACUUGAGUUUUCAGUGCAUUUUCAUUGUAUACUGCACAGAUGGAACUUUCAGCCAGUGAAAUUCUUCUUUGUGUCAAUUUUAGACUAGAGGAAAACAAAAUUAAUGGUUGAGAAUCAUGGUCAAUGUGUUAGGAAGCAACUUGUCCUUGUCCUUCAAACUUUAUCUAGCAUUGGGGCCCACAGCCCUGUUAUAAAACCUUCCUGCUGACCUAUCUUUAGCUCACUGACCUUAACUGAUGUACAGCAGUGGCCUGCUCUCCAUUAUCUGCUGCUGCAGCAUUCCAUUGAAAUAACAAUGGAAAAUUACACUUUUUUUAUAGUGGGCAGAAAUGGUGGUACAUUUUUGUAUUCUGUUCCCAAGCUGUUAAUUUAGCUGCUUCACAGUUACUUGUGUGCAAAUUAUUCACUGGAGUUCUGCACCUGUCAACCUUUUUUGGAGAAGAGGAGAGAGUCUGUUUUGAUCUAAUUAGUGUUUCUGGAAGAAUCGCAUUUGGUGUGUUUGGUUUACACUACAUUUUAAUGCCAGAAGCAAGAGAAUUUUGAAGUGUCCUUUAUUUGGAUCUACAGAUGACACCACUCUAUCCCACUCAUUCAAAAGGAAAAAUUUGACUGCGGAAUAUUUUAUUAACUGCAAAAUAUUAUUUUAAUAUAUAGUUUUGCUUUGUGUCAUUAAACAGUUGCUGUGUUUCACCUCUUGGGUGUCUCCAUUUUUGAGGAAGGCAGAGUAAUUCCUGUAUAUAGUUUUGUAAGUCAGUCUGUAAAAUGCUUUUUGGUCAUUCUGAAUGAAAGGCCCUAUAGAAAUGUAAAAUUGCUACUUUUACCAGAUAUUAUCAUGUUUGUGAAACAGGUGAGUAAAGUUGUCUAUUACCAUAAAUAAUCUAGCUUCGCUAUUAAUCAUGUACCCAAAACUGCUCAUUUUGUACACAUACUCUUGCCAGCUGAUCAAAGAAAAUAAAGGUACCUGAAUUGCAGUUUGAUGAGGAAAGGGGCAUUUCACUGUACACCCAGUAUCCUCCUAUAUUUCCAUUUCUGACUUUUUUUUUUUUUUUUAAUGAACGAACUCUGGAUUUGAAGUUUCCAAGUAUUGAAAAAUCGCUUGGAAUUUGUGGGUACUGUAGUUGAAAUCCUUUCUGCUCUUGACGACUGUUUUUUUAAUGCUUUUUUCUUUAAUAUGUAAAGUUUUGACUGUAUGAAAUUGUUUAGUAUUUUUCCUUUUUAAAAAAAUAAAGUGUAUAUUCCACUACA